GUCGCAAAAAGUCUGCUCUCCCCCUCGCUUCUCUCCCAUCUCUGCCAUCCCCUCCGCUUCUCCCCUUCGGGCAAAAAAAUAAUCGAAAACCCCUGACUCCGCCGAGCGAGCAUCACCUUUCCGCCGCUGCUCGCCGCACGCCGCCCCGCCGACCGAGACCCUCAGGCCCGCCCCACUCUAGCCCGCCCGCCCGCAUGGCUGCCGAUCGCCGGCCCGGCGUCUGAGGGAGCGGGCGGCUGCGCUCGGGGGCCAGUCCGGCGGCGCGAUGGAGCUGUCCGGGAGCCCCGGCACGUGGAGCGGCCUCUCGCUGCGGCUCGGCCAGUUCCUCUUCGCCGCCGCGUCCGUCUGCGUCAUGUCCUCCGCGAUCGGCUUCGCCAACUACACCGCCUUCUGCUACUUGAUUGCAUCAAUGGGACUACAAGCACUCUGGAGCUUGGGACUUGCGUGUCUUGAUGGCUAUGCUUUGAGAAUGAAAAAGGAACUCAACAGUGCUGUUCUCGUGAGCUUAUUUGUUGUUGGAGAUUGGGUAACGUCGAUCCUGUCGUUUGCCGCUUCAUGCUCAGCAGGAGGCGUCGUUGUUCUCUUCGACAAGGAUGCGUACUUCUGCAGCAGGGACCCGCAUCUCCCCUGUGGGACAUUUGAGCUUGCGACCGCGUUUGCAUUCCUUUCCUGGGCGCUUAGUGCCACAUCUGCCCUUGUGAUGUUUUGGCUCCUCGCUUCAUCUUGAUUAGAUAUGUAGGAGCUCUGUCUGUACCUAGUGUUGUUUGGUCCUGUCUGGUUAUAUACCGACUGAUGUGUCAAGCAGACUACAUAGGAAUAGACUGCUAAUUCCAGAGAAUAGAUGGGCAAUGGUCGCAAGUUCCAUGAAGUCUUAAAUUUUAGAGCCAUGCUUCAGUGUUU